AUGGAAAUUGUUGGAAAAAGUGAGCUCGUUCAAGAAUCAGAUAUCUCAAAUCUCCCUUACUUGCAAUCAUUAGUUAAGGAGACCUUUCGGCUUCACCCCGCUAGCCCCCUACUGACUCGCAAAGCUGAGAGUGAUACAGAAAUCCAUGGCUACAUGGUGCCACAAAAUGCUGAAGUUGUGGUUAACUUGUGGGCUAUGGGCAGGGAUCCAAGCUUGUGGCCAAAUCCAAAUUCGUUCCUACCUGAACGAUUCAUGGACAGAGACAUUGAUGUGAAAGGCAAUCAUUUUGAGCUCCUUCCCUUUGGCACGGGAAGGAGAAUUUGUCCUGGACUGCCACUGGCUCAUAGGAUGGUGCACAUCAUGGUUGCUUCUUUGCUUCAUAAAUUUGAUUGGAAGCUUGAAGAAGAAAUCAAACCAGAGCAACUUGACAUGAGCGAAAAGUCCGCACUAACAUUACACAAGGCAGUGCCCCUUAGGGCCAUUCCUGUUAGAACCACAGUUUAA